AUGUUAAAGAGAUUAUUUGGAGUAUCAUCAAUAAAAUAUUAUCAAUAUUCAUUGACUCGUAAGUAUUCCUCAAUAACGUUACGUGACUAUCAACAAGAUGCAAUCGAUGCCUGUGUCAAAUCCAUCCAAAGCGGGCAACGAAGAGUUGGUGUUUCGUUAGCAACAGGGGGAGGUAAGACGGUGAUUUUCUCCAAUUUAAUCAACCAAAUGAUGAAUUUAAAUCCUGGUACUCAAUUCAAGACUUUAAUUUUAGUCCACAGAAGAGAAUUGGCCUUACAAGCUACAAAUACUAUUAAAAAAUUCUUUCCAAAUUUGAGAGUUCAAAUCGAAAUGGGGAAAUACCAUAGCGAAAUCAAUGAUUCAGAUGUGGUUGUUGCAUCUGUACAAUCAAUAAUAAGAAGGUUGGAUAAAUAUAAAUCAGAUGAUAUUAAUCUGAUUAUCAUUGAUGAGGCACACCACGCAGUAGCGAAUUCUUAUAUUAAAAUAUUAGAACACUUCCAUUCAAAUAACCAAUCAUCUAAGAUCCCAGUUGUUGGAUUUAGUGCUACUUUUGAAAGAGCUGACAAAAAAGCUCUAUCUGAUGUUAUGGAUAAAAUUGUUUACCAUAGAGGAAUUAUGGAAAUGAUCGACGAUAAAUGGUUAUGUGAAGGUAAAUUCACCUCUGUUAAUAUUGAUGUUGAUCUCUCGAAAGUUGAUAGGACAUCUGGAAGUCAGAAUGGCGAUUUUCAAAUCGAUAGUCUUUCAAAAGUUAUGAAUACUGAAGAAGUCGGGAAUGUUAUAAUCAACACUUAUUUGCAUCAGAAAAAAGAACAUAAUUUAAAAUCUACUUUAUUGUUUGGUGUUGAUAUAGCACACGUAGAAUCAUUAUAUGAAAUUUUCAAGAAAAAUGGUAUCAACGCAAGAUAUGUGGUUUCGAAUACAAAAAAUGAUUUGAGAGAUGAGAUAAUUAGGGAAUUCAGAGAAGGUAAAGUUUCCGUGCUGAUGAAUUGUGGGAUAUUUACUGAGGGAACAGAUAUUCCUAAUAUAGAUUCCAUAAUGCUAUGUCGACCGACAAGAUCUCGUUCUUUAUUAGUUCAAAUGAUUGGACGUGGUUUAAGAUUACAUCAUUCGAAAAAUUACUGCCACAUUAUUGAUUUUAUCGCAGCAUCAGAUGUCGGUGUCGUAUCUGUUCCUACGUUGGCUGGUGUUGAGAACUAUAGAGGCCAAUUGGACGAUGCAACUCUAAGUGAUUUACAUGAAAUUAAAAAAGAAAUGGAUUUGAAACAGAAACAAAGAGAAGAGAAUAAGCAUUUGGAAGAGUUGCAAGAAAAACAAAUCCAACAACAGUUUAGCGAGAAAAUGAGAAAUACAGAUGCAUGGGAAUUGACAUUAACGACAUAUGAAGAUUUUAAAAGUUUUUGUGGCGCAAAUAAUGUGGAUAUCAACGGGAUGUCGAAUGCUCAAAAGGAAGUAGAACUUAUUCACAAUUCAUCAUAUCCAUGGGUAAAAUUUUCUAAAAGUGCAUGGGCGCUGUCAUUAAAGCAUGGCCAUCAUUUGCGGAUUUAUAAAGAACCUUCAAAAUAUGAUCCUAAAGGAAGUAAUUACAUUUUGAAAUUAUAUCGUAAAAUACCCGGGUGGAUUAACCAAACUGGUGCAAGCUAUUCCACAAGAAUUUUAAUAACUUCGUCCGAUCUCUUCAAAAUUGCUGCCAAUGUAGAAGAAGUACUUGUAAAUUUAUCGAACGGAUCAGGAACAUCAACAGAAGGCCCCAUAAGAAUAACCAAAUUUGCUCGUUGGCGAGCGGAACCAGCUACACCAAGGCAAAGCAGUGCGAUUAAGGUAAAACUUGAGAAAGAACUGGCAAAAUGUGAGAAAGAUUACAAAUAUCUGGACUUAAGUGAUAUAGAUAAAUACAUCAAGUCCUUAACAAAGGGAAAUGCUAGUAAUAUUCUGUUUGCCAUGUCACUCGCGCCGUCUUAUCCUCUUCGAUCACUAUUAAAGGCAAUACAAUAUAAGAAGACGAUUUGA